GCCCUGUACCUACAGCCACCGCUACAGAAGCUCGUCAACUGUCAGAGCUGUCCAGCAAGGCGGGAGACAAGUUGGCAGCACAGGGCUAUGACCUCAUGGCGAAGCACCUGGAGGCUGCGGACAAACCGCCACCUGAGCUGUCGGCACAUGCGCAGAUGCAGAAGGCCAUGGAGCAUGUCGCCGAGCUGGAGCUGUUCCUUCGUGAGACUCGAGACCGUCUCAAGCUGUCGGAUGAGGAGUACAAGUCUGCGCUGGUCAAGCUGCAGGCUGCGAAGGUCGAGCCCCAGAUGCAGACAGCCACGCGCAAGCUGGGCGACCUCGCCUCGGGCAAGUUCAGCAUCGAGUCCUUCAUCAACUGCGACGAUCUCCUCGGGGACUUUGCGGCGGGAGAGGUUGAGCUGGAGGAAGCUGACAGGAAGGAGUUCGAGUCUCGUCGGGCGGCGCUGGGGCCUGGUGUACAGGAGCUGGCGCAGAAAUUGUUCCAACAGGUUGCGGACGACG